UGACGCCAUGGUAGCUACUCCGCUUGAUCAGAUGACACAUGAAAGUCACCGGCGAAAUAAUUCUAGCUGGUCUUUACCAGGAUUAUCAAUAUUUUCAUAGAUAACGUUACGCACUUAUAGCUGUUACCUGUAGAGACUAGUGUAGUUUUGUUGUGACGCUGUCAGCUAACAUUAGCUUGCAGAGUCGCCGGGCAACUGCAUUACAACGUGUUACACUAGCUACCUGCCUGUUACAUCAGUUAUCUUCAUUAGAAUACAGGCAGCUGUGACAGAAAUAUUUACCCUUAUUUAAGAAAGUGAAGAGAUGGCAAGGAGCCUCGAUAGGAUAUUGAAGGAUUUUAGACGCCUGGUAACUCUCUCAGCCACAUGGUCUAUCAAGCAUCCGAUUUACAGCGUUCCUUUGAGGAGCCCAUCUGUCCGGAGCAUGGCGGCACUGACGUUUCCUUUUUUCAAGCCCCGGGACCUGGCCUUGCCAAACUCCUCUUGGGGUCCAGAAAUGAUGCAGUUGUAUGAGCAUUAUAGCAGCUUAUGUGAGCAGGUGACUGAGGGGGGAGAGAAGAAGGACGGACCGUGGACGAGACUGCCAGACUACAACCGCAUCCUCAAGCAUGCGCCAGGUGGAGUUUAUCUCAGUAAGUUGAUCCAGUCAAAAGCUCGUCUUUUCUCUCGGAACAUCAGAGAACCGGGGGCAGGAUUUGAGUACGUUUUGUUCAUCAACAAAGAGGAGCAGAAGUGUGUGCUCAUCAUGCAGGCCGGACACCUACUGGAGGGACCACCAGGACAUGUCCACGGGGGGGCAAUAGCCACCAUGAUUGAUACUGUGACGGGGUGUCUUGCGUCUCUCUCUGGAGCUGUUAUGACAGCCAACCUUAACAUCAACUACCGCAGCCCCAUCCCGCUGGGCAGCACUGUGGUGAUGGAAUCCUCUAUAGACAAACAGGAGGGCAGAAAAACGUUUAUUUCAUGUAAAGUGACCAGCCCUGAUGGCACCAAGCUGCACACAGAAGCAACAGCACUGUUCGUGUCAAUCAGUCUCAGCUAUCUUGUACUGGGAAGGUGACUGAACACACCUGCCAGCCUACCUAAGUACUGUCAGCAAUCUGAGGCCAUGACGAAUGUGUGUGUGAGAGAUAACGUGAGUGUGUCAUGGCUUUGAAGUAUUUUUUGGAGAGUGUGAAGUUAAAUGAUUGAAGAUGUAACGUCUGUCACUCUGAACAUGACACUGUUGACUUUUUAUUAUCCAUUGCCAGUAAGUUAUUAACAACAUACUGUACAGCUGUACAGAGUACUCUAAGUGUCUACCUCUGCUAUGUGUUACUAACAUAUCAAUAAUACAUAUUUAACAUUACGGAAACAAACGUUAUUUAUUUCACAGCGUUUUAAAGGUUAUUUAUUGUUGCUUUGACAGUAUUUACUACUUCUAACACUGAGGCCUUUUGGAAAUGAGUUUAGCUGUGUUGUACAGGGUUAUUUUAUUUCUUCCACUGAGACCUCAGCUAUACAUGUUGUAUGAAUGACACAUUUUUUGUGAACAAGUUCAGUUGUUGGCAACGGGAAAUUAAAAGCAUGAUGUCUCCUCUUUUUUGCUGGAGGAACCAAAGUUAAAGCUUGAAGGUAUUUCUUAAAUUAAGGUUAAACUAAAACUAAAAAUUGAGAGUUUAUCACAGUAUGAUAACAACUGAAGGUAUCUUAAAAUAUUUUACUAACUCUUGCCAAGGAUAGUUUCUUUAAUAUUAAUAUAAACAAUUGAUCUUUUUGAUGUAGCAAAUAUAAUGUGCAUUCAAUUUCAUCAUUGCUGUUUUGUGUAAUGUUUAAAUAAAAGUUGGAGUUCACAAAAAUAAAUAGCGCCUUUGAUUGGUGUGAUAAGAAGA